AUGAACAACAACAUAAACAAUACGGGGAACGAAACCAAUAAUAAGGUCACCAAGAGUUCGACUUCGCCCAAGACGUCGCCCAAAGUAACUCCAAAGGAGGCCAAUAAAGUUACAACAACCAAUCAUAAAAAGGUGAAUAAAAAGGAUAGUAAUUCAGGACCGCGGCUACCUUCACGAUGUGCGCAUCCAAAGCAUGAGGAAUAUACGGAAAACCUGACAAAGCCACCGACCUCAGGUCCUCCUAGCAAAAAACGUAAAAAUAAUCAAGGGAAAGAAGUAAUAUUUGACAUAGAAGGUCGAGCUUUAGUUCCCAUGCCUAAACGGCUAGAGGGAGUCUUAAAUCUGGAUCGUGGAAGUUUGAUGUGUCGACCUUGUCUCGCUAAGACAGACAAAGAUCCAGAAGUAAUAUCCAUUGAUGUAUAUUUGUUGAAUAGUAAUUGUUUCACAAGAAUUUUAUAA